AUGAAAUACAAGCAAGCCAUACCCGUCACCGUUUCUCUGCGGGACUUGCAAUCCAACUCUGUCCCCUUCAGCACCCUCCUGGAUGCCUUCGGCCCCGACAGCCUGGGCAUCCUUGUCGUGACCGACCUCCCUUCCACUUUCCCCUCUCUCCGCCAAAAAGUCCUCUCCAAUGCCUCGCGACUCGCGCACCUUCCUCCCCAGAAACUCCAGAACCUGACCAAGCCCAGCGCCAAGUAUCUCGUUGGGUGGAGUCACGGCGUCGAAACCCUGAGACCUGGGGUGGUCGACACCGCGAAAGGGAGUUACUAUAUCAACUGCGCAUUCUACAAGUCCCCGUCACUACAAUCCGCGGACGGUGAAAAGUUCCCAGGCUUUGAGGAGUACACGGCGCCCAACGUCUGGCCCGAGGAGGCGGACGUGCCAGAGUUCAGGAGCGACGCUGAGGAGCUCAUCCGACUGAUCAUCAACACAGCGGUGUUGGUCGCGAGGGCUUGCGAUCGAUUCGCCGAGCACGAGAUCGACGGGUACGAGGCUGGAUAUCUCGAAAAGGUGGUCCAGGGAAGCGAGACGACCAAGGCGAGGCUCUUGCAUUAUUUCCCCACUGCACACGAGACGGGGAGUGGCAAAAGUGCGAACGUAGACUCAAAUGGGAAUCUGAACGAGGAGCAGGAGAAGGCGAAGGCGAAGGACAAGCCAGAAAUCGACGACUCCUGGUGCACCACGCACCUCGACCACGGGUGCCUGACGGGCUUGACAUCAGCCAUGUUCCUCGACGAAUCCUCACCCUCUCCCUCUCCCUCUUCCUCGUCCUCAUCAGCAUCCGAGUACGCGGAGCUGCCCUCCUCUCCGGACCCGCAGUCAGGCCUGUACAUCCUCUCGCGCUCGGGGCAGAUCCACAAGGUCAGCAUCCCGCGCGACGCGCUGGCCUUCCAGACCGGCGAGGCGCUCGAGCUCAUCACGCGGGGCAGGUUCAAGGCCGUCCCGCACUUUGUCAAGGGCGUGGAUCUCAACAACGUAGUCGCCGACGGUACCGACGGGACGCCCAUGAGCAGGAAUAUCACCAGGAAUACUUUGGCCGUGUUCACGCAGCCGAAUUUGGAUGAGCCCGUGGACUUGGAGACGGGUCUGACUUUUGGCGAGUUUGCGAGGGGUGUCGUGAAGCGGAAUACUGCUGGCUAG